CAGAAAACAGUGAGCAUACCAUAACCUCAAUGUCUGGACGAUGGCAGGAAUAACAAAAUUUGUAAGCGGUAUUCAAAACCAUUGGAAAAAAUCUUUAUUUGGUGUGGCAGCAAUAACAUAUGGUGUCAAUUAUGCCAACGAAAAAUACAAAAUAAAUCAACUAAUGCGUCAUUACUGUGCGGAAGCAUCAAUUUAUGGCGAUAAAACACAAGCGGCCCUUCAGCCAUUCGCAAAAAUCAUUGUUAUUCUAAAUCCAGUUGCCGACAAAAAGUCAGCCACCGACACGUUUGAAAAAUAUUGUGCGCCAAUUUUGUAUUUGGGCGGAUUAAGCAUUGAUAUUGUGAAAACGGAUUCGGAAGCACAUGCACGCCGUUAUAUUGAAGAAUUGGAUACAUUACCAGAUGCUAUUUUAUGUGCCGGCGGCGAUGGUACCUUAUCAGAAAUUGUAACAGGUCUGUUCCGGCGCACUUCGUACAAGAAUGAAGCUCAUCCUGUGAUUGGAAUUUUACCCGUUGGACGGGAAAAUACAUUCGCUCAAAAAUUGUUUAAUUUCACGAAAGCAUCAGAGCUACAACAGGUUCAAGGUUUGGCCGAUGCAUCGUUGUCAGUCGUUCGUGGAAAUGUUGUACCGAAAGAUGUGAUGAAAAUUGAGGUGAUCGAUGAUGAUGCAAAAGAUAAAGUGAAACCAGUUUAUGCAUUCAGUUCGUUUGAGUGGAGCGCAUAUAUCGAUGCAUUUAAUGAACGUGAUCGAUAUUGGUAUUUUGGUUCGUUGCGUGAUUAUGUAACAUUUAUUUUCAAUGCGUUCAAUAAUUCAAUGGCAUGGAAUUAUGCAGCAACAUUGACCUAUACGGAACCAUGUUCUGGCUGCAGUAAUUGCUAUGUGGACCAAAAGAAAUUUGAAACAAAAUCGACCAAUCGUCGUUGGUGGUCUGCAUUUAUUCCAUCAUUUCGUCUUGGUUCAUCACAAUCGGCACCAAAAUUACCAGACUAUUCAAAGGUGCAAAACGUAAAUUGUAACGUAAAAACGAGCAUAGAAUGUGACAGUGCUGGCAUUAUUGUGAGCUCAUCAAAUAUUACAAAUGUUGAACAACAAGAUGAAUCACGUCCACAUUUGACACUGAAGCUCAUUAAAGGAGAAGAUGGUUUUAGUUUCAUUGGCGAUAGCUGGAACCGAUUAAACAAAGACCAAAUCAAAUUAAAUCAAGAGCAUGCAAUUCGAACCAUUGAAAUCUUUCCAAAACCGAUUACUGAUUUGAAUUCAAAUGUCGAUUCAGAUACAAAUACCGAUACGGAAAGAUUCUUUUAUAUCGAUCAUGAAUCUUAUGAAGUCAAACCUAUUCGAAUAACACUUUUACCAAAACUAAUCAAUUUCUAUUCGACAUAGACAAGCAAUGAAUGAUACUUGUCUCCACUUUUUUUUCUUUGAAAAAUGAUUUAAAUACAAGUAAAUAAAAUGCGCAGUAAAAUCUGUUUAUGUGUAAUUCUGGAA